CCCGCCCCGUUUCAUCCAGCAGCCACCGCGGUUCCGCCUGUGACUGACGUCAUCGGGCCGCCUUCUCCUCCUUCUUCCCGAGUCCUCCAGCUGUGAGGCGGCUCCCUACUCGCUGUGCCCGGGGAAUCCGGAGACAUUCGCCACCAUGGUGAACUUCACCGUAGACCAGAUCCGAGCGAUCAUGGACAAGAAGUCCAACAUCAGAAACAUGUCUGUCAUAGCUCAUGUUGACCAUGGCAAGUCCACCCUGACUGACUCUUUGGUGUGCAAAGCUGGAAUCAUCGCCUCUUCCAGAGCAGGAGAAACCCGAUUCACAGACACUCGCAAGGACGAACAAGAGCGCUGCAUCACUAUAAAGUCUACGGCAAUCUCCUUGUACUACGAGCUCGCAGACAACGACUUGGCUUUCAUCAAACAAUGCAAGGACGGCUCUGGUUUCCUUAUAAACCUGAUCGAUUCCCCCGGGCACGUGGACUUUUCCUCAGAAGUGACGGCCGCACUACGCGUUACAGACGGGGCACUUGUAGUGGUCGACUGCGUGUCAGGCGUUUGUGUCCAGACUGAGACAGUUUUGCGACAAGCAAUUGCUGAACGAAUCAAACCAGUUCUCAUGAUGAACAAAAUGGACCGAGCGCUGCUGGAACUUCAGCUGGAACCUGAGGAGUUAUACCUGACCUUCCAGAGGAUAGUGGAGAACGUCAACGUCAUCAUCUCAACGUACGGCGAGGGAGAGACUGGCCCUAUGGGCAACAUCAUGAUUGACCCAGUGAUCGGAACAGUCGGUUUUGGCUCUGGACUGCAUGGUUGGGCAUUCACUUUGAAGCAGUUUGCAGAAAUGUACGUUGCCAAGUUUGCCAAAGGCGACAAGGCGCAACUUCCUCCAGCCGAGCGAGCCAAGAAAGUGGAAGAUAUGAUGAAGAAACUAUGGGGAGACAAGUACUUUGAUCCAGCCAGCGGCAAAUUUAGCAAAUCUGCAACUAAUGCCGAUGGAAAGAAGCUGCCACGUACGUUCAGCCAGCUUAUCUUGGACCCCAUCUUUAAGAUAUUUGAUGCUAUCAUGAACUUCAAGAAAGAGGAGACUGCCAAACUGAUUGAGAAACUGGACAUCAAGCUGGACGCCGAGGACAGAGACAAAGAAGGGAAACAACUUCUCAAGGCAGUGAUGCGCCGCUGGCUGCCAGCCGGAGACGCCUUGUUGCAGAUGAUCACCAUCCACCUGCCUUCCCCUGUUACGGCACAGAAAUACCGCUGUGAGCUGCUGUACGAGGGGCCGCCUGAUGAUGAGGCUGCUCUGGGUGUGAAAAGUUGUGACCCUAAAGGCCCCCUGAUGAUGUACAUCUCCAAGAUGGUGCCCACAUCUGAUAAGGGACGUUUCUAUGCCUUUGGUCGUGUCUUUUCUGGAAUUGUGUCGACUGGACAGAAGGUGCGGAUCAUGGGUCCCAACUACACUCCGGGGAAGAAGGAGGAUCUCUACCUGAAGCCUAUUCAGAGGACCAUCCUUAUGAUGGGGCGUUAUGUAGAGCCCAUUGAGGAUGUGCCUUGCGGCAACAUAGUCGGCCUUGUUGGCGUUGACCAGUUUCUGGUGAAGACCGGAACAAUCACCACCUUUGAGCAUGCUCACAACAUGAGAGUGAUGAAGUUCAGCGUUAGCCCCGUCGUAAGAGUCGCUGUGGAGGCAAAGAAUCCCGCAGACCUCCCGAAACUGGUGGAGGGCUUGAAACGUCUGGCCAAGUCUGAUCCUAUGGUGCAGUGUAUUAUUGAAGAAUCGGGAGAACACAUCAUUGCAGGUGCCGGGGAGUUGCAUCUAGAAAUCUGCCUUAAAGACCUUGAAGAAGAUCAUGCAUGCAUCCCCAUCAAGAAAUCGGACCCAGUUGUGUCCUACAGGGAGACCGUGAGUGAGGAAUCCAACCAGCUCUGCUUGUCCAAAUCCCCCAACAAGCACAACCGUCUGUACAUGAAGGCCCGACCCUUCCCUGACGGCCUGGCUGAGGACAUUGACAAGGGAGAUGUCAGUUCCAGGCAGGAAUUGAAGCAGCGUGCCCGCUACCUAGCAGAAAAGUACGAGUGGGAUGUAGCAGAGGCCAGAAAGAUCUGGUGUUUCGGUCCUGAUGGAACAGGGCCAAAUAUCUUGGUUGACGUCACAAAAGGUGUCCAGUACCUCAAUGAGAUCAAGGACAGCGUUGUGGCUGGGUUCCAGUGGGCCACCAAGGAGGGAGUCCUGUGUGAAGAGAACAUGAGAGGCGCCAGGUUUGACAUCCAUGAUGUCACACUUCAUGCUGACGCGAUUCAUCGUGGAGGUGGACAGAUCAUCCCCACUGCUAGGAGGGUGCUGUACGCGGCUGCCCUCACAGCCGAACCCAGGCUAAUGGAGCCCAUCUACCUGGUGGAGAUUCAGUGCCCAGAGCAGGUGGUGGGCGGCAUCUACGGUGUGCUGAACAGGAAACGAGGACACGUCUUUGAAGAAGCUCAAGUGGCCGGAACCCCCAUGUUUGUUGUAAAAGCUUAUCUCCCGGUCAAUGAAUCCUUCGGUUUCACUGCCGACCUGAGGUCCAACACUGGGGGUCAGGCCUUCCCUCAGUGUGUAUUUGACCACUGGCAGAUCCUGCCCGGAGAUCCAUUCGAUGCCACUACUCGUCCAUCUCAAGUUGUGGCAGAGACCCGUAAACGUAAAGGCUUGAAGGAAGGAGUCCCAGCCCUAGAUAACUUCUUGGACAAAUUGUAACCAGCACCUUCCACACGAUCGGAAUCCUGAUUUCUCAUAAAACCAAAACCACUUACAUGACGAAGACACCAAUUCUCUCAGCUGAUCCGAACACCAUGCACAUUGAUUGUCCUGUCCCUCCAAGAAAAAUAGAAAAAAAAGACUUACAAAAAAAAGGAAAAAAGUCAAUAAAAUAUGUAAAUGUGAACUGUA